GAACUUUUGAUCCUUCCGACAUCCGAAACCCUGGAGGAAGUGCCAAUUGUCGACUUGUCGGGACGUCUAGGUCGCGCGACCAUGCAUCUGACCUCAGCGAUGGAUCUCAAAGUUGAUUUUAAGAACUACCAUUCACCCCCACGUGCCGAUUUCAACGACGUCGACGCUAUUCACAACCAUUCUGCAGAAACACAAGAUAUCGAGAGCUCUGUCGUGGACAACAACCCCGGUCAACCACUGUACAAUGCCGAGAUCUACGGCAGUCUCCGCAAGGGAGGCGCGGUCAAGUUCUUCUCGAUGGACUGUGUCGGUCUCGUAGCUGCCACGUUCGCGUCGACGUUCUCGAUGGAGUGUCUAAACAGUGUCAUCCUACCGAUGCUGAAAGAGCAUUUCGGUCUCAAGACGGCCGAGUUAGCUGCUGCCAAGCGGUUGACCUCAAUUCCGUUAGCCUUCUGCUUCUUCAUCGGGUUGCUGUCGGAUAGUUACCCCAUUCUGGGGUUCCGUCGUAAGGGGUACCUUAUCAUCGGUUUGGCGACUACAGUACUGAGUUUCUUCGUUCUCUCUGGCUUGGACGGAUACAUUGAGACCAUGGAAGAUGGGACUGCAGGUACUGGUUUAGCUGUCGCCAUCAUCACAUUCGCUACGUUGGCUAGUACUGGGAAUAUCAUGACGUAUGUAUGCAUUCAGACUAGAGUGCUUGAGCUGUCUCAACGCGAACCUUUGGGUAUGCGAGGAGCUAUCACCGGAACGUAUUUGAUGUUCCGAUGCAUCGUGUAUAUCUUCACGGACGCAAUUGCGUACGCGUUUUCAAGCACCUCGACACACCAUUGUACAGCGCUACUAGUAUUCGGCAUUGUGGUCGCUCUUUCGAUCCCCCUUGUGUGGAAGGCUUGGCAGGAGAAAUACUACUCACUCUCGACUCCUAUGAAGACCCGUGGUCAGAUUCUGUGGAGGAUCAUGCAGCAGAAGGCGGUGUGGAGUAUUUUGAUGUUCAUGUGCUUUUACACGCUCUUCGCUGGCAUCGCAUUCAGUGGUCCUUCAGUAAUCAUCAGCGUGUGGGCCGGUGCCAGUGGUGACAACACGUUUGUACAGCAACUAAUGUAUUACGGUGCGAUGUUGUUCACGAUAGUGGCUUGGCGAUACUACUUCAUGAAUCGACCAUGGCGAGCUUUCUAUGGCAUGUCUAUCGUGCUGCUUAUUAUCCCGCAGUUGGUCUUGGCAAUCCUGGUUACUCAAGAUACUUUACGCGACCGAUACUUCUACCGCUUCAUGACUCUGUUCACGAGUAUUUCAGCCGGUAUCGGCUGGCUGUCCAGCUUGAUUCCGCUGACGGAAAUCAUCCAAGAAGGCUCGGAGGGUGCCAUGGUUGGACUGAUGCUGUCACUGUACUUUCUAGUUACUGCCUUCGUUCAAACCAACGCAGAGGGACUUCUCAAUGGCACCAACUUUUACAACAUCGCAGAAGUCGCGUUGGACACAUCCGAGGCUCGGUCUGACGUCCUCAAGGCGUUGAUUCUCAACUAUGGUAUCAACGCUCUGGCGUUCAUUGGACUGUACUUCUUGCCAAGACAGAAGCUCGACACGCAACAGCUGCGUAGCUACGGAGGGUACACAAAGUGCGCCAGCGCUGCUAUCGUCACGUUUGCUGUGGUGUUGUUCUUGUAUUCGCUGAUUAUUACAGUUCUAACGCUCAACCCUUCCACGUCCUGUCUGAGUAUCGCUGGAGGAGAUGGAUGCUAGACUUUACCUUCGAAGUAGCUAUUAUAUUUGUAAUCCAGAUAUUGUGUAGAUGUUCCCUAUCAAUCGCAGCUUAGCCGUUGAGUAGCAAGUUCGAAUUUAAGAACAAGUAGAGUUUAAAAGCAUUGAUAUACGGCAUCGAC